GUAAUGACUAAUACUACAGUUGACUCUAUUGAUAUUAAUAAUUAAGAUGUUGUUGUUGGAUAAGAGAAAAUUCAUUAUGAUAAAUUAUUAUUGGCAACAGGUGGUACUGCUCGUAGACCUCAAUUAGAUGGAGUUAAUUUAGGAAAUGUACACACUUUAAGAUAAUUCAAUGAUUUAUAAUCAAUAAGAGAUAAAGCAAAAACAGCAAAAAAUAUAGUAGUUGUAGGUGCUUCAUUUAUUGGAAUGGAGACAGCUUCAGCUAUUAAAAAAGAAUUAAAAGAUUAAGUCAAUAUAAUAGUUGUAGACAGUACAACAGUUCCAUUUGAAAGAGUUCUUGGUAAAGAAGUAGGAGGAUCUCUAUAAAAAUUACAUGAAGCUAAUGGAGUUGAAUUUGAAUUGAAUGCUGGAGUCAAAAGAAUUGGUGGAGUUGGUUAAGUAUAAAGAGUUGAUUUAUUAAAUGGAAAAUCAUUAUAAGCAGAUUUAGUUAUUUUAGGAACAGGAAUUCAACCAAAUAAUAAACUUGCUAAAGAUUAAUUAAAAAUAUCACCAAAUGGUGGUAUUGAAACAGAUGUGUUCUUGAAAGCUGCCAAGAAUGUUUAUGCAUCAGGUGAUAUAUCAAGUUAUCCAUAUUGGGUUACUGGUGAACAUGUUAGAAUUGAACAUUAAAAUGAAGCUGUUAGAUAAGGGUAAGAUAUUUGAUUAAUUUUAGAUAUGUUGCUGCUUUGAAUAUUUUAGGUAGACCAACUCCUUUGACAGAUGUACCAUUCUUUUGGACAAGAUAAUGGGAUAGAACCUUAGCAUAUAGUGGAGUUGGAUAAGGAUUUGAUGAAGUUAUUGUGGAUGGAGACUUAAGUCAAUAAAAAUUUGUUGCUUAUUAUGCUAGAAAAGGACGUGUUGUAGCUUCUGCGAGUAUGAAUACUCCUAAUGUAUGAUAUUUUUAUUAAUUUUAAAGGCUUAAAUGAUUAUAUCUGAAGCAUUAAGAUUGAAUGUUAUGCCAAGUGCUGAGGAUUUAAAGGAAAAGAAAGUCAAUUUAGAUGAUAUUAAGAAGAUUGUCUUAAGUAAAGGAUCAUCUUGCCAUUGUAAACGUGCUGGAUAAUGCUAAUCAUAAUUAUGAGU